AAAUGUGUAAAUGCUAUCCUCUCCCCUUUCCCGGUCAUUCUCUUGAAAUCAGAAACCCAAACUUAACCACUCACUCACCUGCCUCAACACCACAAACUACCGCCACCGCCCAACCUCGCCAGCUUUCCACCGCCAUAUCACCGUCUCUAAGGCUACCCUUGCUCGCAUAACAUCGCCUCCUAGCAGACGCCCAGCAGCGAACAGCCCCCAGGUUGGCGUCUGUCCCGCCAUCUAUGGUGAUGAAGAAGAUUGGAAAUUGAGGCUUCUUAAUUUUUCAUUCAUCACUUUGUGGUUCAUAUAUUGUUGUCUCUGGUCAUACAAGACGAUAAAAACAUAAGAUAGAGCCGUGUUUUCUACUUUUCUUCAUUCAAUUCCUCAAACAUCCCUCACAAUAAUCUUGAGGAACAAUGGUUUUCCUUCUCUGGAGUCGCCCUUCUCCGAAAGACCAAAAAGCCUGCUUGGAAAAGUGUGAUUCCUUUAACUAUGACGCUAAAUAUCAAGGAUCUACAGAUAGGCCGGUAUGUGCGCUCCAGAAAGAUGAGCGGUUAUCAGCAGAGGGUUUUUUACUCAAUCAUGCUCGUGCUCGAAUUGGUUCAGGACUAGAGACAUAUGAGAAAGGAAAGCAAGCACUCCAAAAUUGGAGGCAUUUCCAAAUGAAAUGGACAUUUGUUGAACCCAACACUCCAAUCAAAAGGGGGGUAAAGUUUUGUGUUUGUGUCAAGGAGUUCCUUCCAUGGUUAAUGAUGCCCCUUCAGGUGGUGUAUGUGAAUGAGAACAAGACUUCUGAGAAAAUGAAAGCUUCAUACCGCUUUGGUAGUGGCACUCUUCAUGGCCAUCUGUUGGCCGGGGAAGAGCGCUUUUCGGUAGAGCUGGAUGAAAACAAUGAAGUGUGGUAUGAAAUACUUUCGUUUUCAAAGCCCUCCCAUUUGCUCUCCUUCAUGGGUUAUCCUUAUGUUAAGUUGAGGCAAAAAUAUUUCGCUAAGGAGUCUGCUGAUGCUUUAUUGAAACAUAUUUCAUCCAAUUGAUACAACAUAAAAUUGUUCCGGAUUGGAAGUACCUGGUGUUUGAUGCAUACUGUUAAUGUUGUAAAUUGAUUCAAAUGUUACGUUAAAACAUACAAAGGCUUUAUACAAGAUCAACAA